CGCACAACAUGUGAUCUGAUCUGAAAGCUAGGCGGUCAACAGAGUCUGGCAGAAUAGUCCAUCGACUGUGGCGGUCACAAGGCAGCCACGCGCCCACCAGCCACAGACGCUGCUCCAUGGCGCUCCAGGGGAACCAUUGACAUUCACUUGAGCCUUUGUUGAUUGGCGCUCUUCCUUACUGAUGCUAUGAAUGCUGCUUUCUUAACCAUAGACGACCUAUUUUCUUAUGCGACGGGUCGACGCUUCAUGUUGUCACCACUAUAGACACAUUCACAAUGGACGAUUUGAACGGCCUUAGUUGGAACUCCAACACCUCAAAUGAUAACCGAAAACCUCCGCCGAUGAACUCGGGCCUUUUGUUAUCCUCCGUGAGACGCAAUGGCGCUUCUGGACGAUCCACUCCCCUUUCUACCUCCUCCGGGCCGUCGAACCCCCCAUCGAAGCCAGCAACUCCCAGCGGAGAUAGCUUUGCCAACCUAGUGUCUUUUGGAUCAGCAAAUCCAAAUAAGAACCUUUCUCUACAAGAACAGCAGAAGAGAUUACAAGAAGAGAAGGCCAGGAAGGAGGCAGAGAACCGCGCGCGGUACGAGACACAGUAUGGGGGUCAGAAUGCGCAAUUCUGGGACACGUUCGAGAAGGGAGGGAGUAAUAGAGCUGCAGGAGCAAGCGCAAUCCCUUCUAGGCAAGGGGCGUCAUCACCUGAUGAGGAUGAUCUUCUAGCAGCCUUCAAUGCUUCAGCUCCAGUGGACGCAUCUACCCACUUCCCAGUCCCAAGCGCCAGUCCUUCCCCGCAAGUUCCGUUCGGCGGACCGCAACGUGCGAACAAUGAACCUGCUUCGACGCAACAGAAAAACGACAUGGCUUUCAUAGACGAUGAUGAUCCGUUUGGGCUUAAUCAGUUGAAGCCAAAGUCGCAACCCGCGCCGCAGCCUACCCAAGCGGACGAUGACGAUUUCCUGGGCAUGCUGGGCAAGCCCGUGUCCGAAAUUCCUCGACCAGAGCCUCCGAAGAAGUCACCUCUGUCCGAAAGUCCUGCCCGCUCUCCAAAACCCGCGAACGGGGUCGAUCAUGCCAUUGCGGAGCUUGUCGAUAUGGGAUUCCAGGCCGACAAAGCAAGCCAGGCGCUGAAGAUGACAUCGUCUGGUACUGAUGUUCAAUCGGCCGUCAGCUUGCUUCUUACCCAAGCUCACGAGGAGUCCCGGCAAAGAUCGCAGAAUCGAUCGACUCCCAGCGAUCGCCGGCCCAAUCAGUCAGCCCAGAGCCGAGAUCGGGGCCAGAGGCCGGACCGUGAUGUGCCCUCGUGGAUGCAGCCUGAGCGUUCUAGCUCAUCGCGGAGCCGAAACGAAACGCAGUCACCCACGUCUGCAGAGAAAGAUCCGUCACAAGUGGCUGCGGCCUUUGGCAACAACUUGUUGAAGUUUGGUAACUCACUGUGGAAGAGCGGCAGCAAAAGGGUCCAACAGGUUGUCAAUGAGUUUAACACAGAUCACGAUCCGAACCAGCCGCGGUGGCUCAAAGAUCAUUCUGCUCCCGAACCUUUUCCUCAAGAACGCUCUCAGCCUCAGCCUGCCCGGACUGAUUUUACAGACGAGGCGCUUCUGCUCGAAUCGAGCGGUCCGCCUCGCCUGUCUCGUAAACCGACACGGAUGGACGAUGCGCCACCUACCCGCGCUGGGAGUGGGCCUCGGCGCCAGGAACCGCCUAUUAGUGAAAGCCGUAUGCAACAACCUGCCUUUAUGCGACAGCUGCCUACACCUGAGCUGCGAGAUGCAAAGCCCCGUUUAUCGAAGUUCGCAGUCGAAGAGCAAUCUGCCCAAGCAUAUGUUAGCCCUGCCCGACGAAAAAGGCCUGUUCCCGCCGCAUCUCCCCAACCAGCCCCAAGCCAAGGUGUCGACCUGUUUGAUUCUUCAGCUCUAGCUCCUACCCCCACCGCAAGACCCACGCCUCCGCCAUCAACUGCCCGGCCCUCGCGGCCUGCACCGUCGUCUAAACCUCUACCUUCGCGGCCUAAAGCUCCCCCUCGAGUCAUACCUCAGGUCUCAAAGGAAGUGCUUGCCUCUGUACACGCUCACAGAAUAAAGGCAGCAGAAGCAUACAAGAGAGGCGACUAUGCUGUCGCCCAUGAGUCUUUCACGAGCGCACUCACAGGACUACCCGACAAACAUCCUAUCGUUAUAAUCAUCCGCAGCAACCGUGCCAUGACGGCUCUGAAGAUUGGCGAAGCGAAAGUAGCAGUCAGUGAGGCAGACUCUGUUCUAGACCUAAUCGGCCCUGCCAAGGGCGAUGCAGAAAGCAUUGACCUCGGCAACGGAGAGUCCCAGAAACCGAUGAAAGAUUUCUAUGGCAAGGCCUUAAUGCGCAAAGCGGAAGCUCUGGAGCAGCUGGAGAAAUGGGCUGAGGCUGCACACGUGUGGAAACUAGCUGUCGAAGCUGGCCACGGUGGAAGCACGAGUAUCCAGGGCCGCACCCGUUGCGAGAAAGCCGCUGGAAUCAGCAAGCCCGCUUCGAAACCCUCAGCACCGGCCAGACAGCCCCCGGCGCCGGCACCAAAGAAGAAAACUUCUGCACUAGAUGAUCUACAGGGUGGCUCAUCCAAAACUGCGUUGUCAUUCGAGGCCGUCAACCGCCUACGAGAGGCGAACCAGGCUGCCGAGAGGAAUGACGAGGAGAAAUUUGCGUUGACCGACAGUGUCGAUGCACGUCUGACAGCUUGGAAGGGCGGAAAGCAAGAUAACCUGCGUGCACUCCUGGCUAGUCUGGAUACCGUCCUGUGGCCGGAGGCAAACUGGAAGAAGAUCAACAUGUCUGAGCUGAUUAUGCCGAGCAAGGUCAAGAUUCAAUAUAUGAAGGGCAUUGCCAAAGUGCAUCCGGACAAGAUCCCCACCAAUGCUACGACAGAGCAGCGUAUGAUUGCCGGAGCUGUUUUUGGAAUCUUGAACGAAGCGUGGGAUAAGUUCAAGGCGGAGAACAAUCUAUGAAAGCAAUGACCCUCAUACUCUUCGUCUGCAGAUGUUCUCUUGUGGGCAUGCUUUCUGUCUAUAACUGCUCCUCCUUCGCCAGGUCUUCCCCUAACUACUUUGUCAACCAAGCCCUUUCAUGACUCUACUCAUCCGAAACCACAGUGCUCAACCAUGCACUUAUGAGAUAUCCCACACAUGCUGUAUAUAGAUAGACACAUAUCGCAUUUAUGAUACAUUUACACCAGCUUAGCCCUUGCCAUAUACCCACUUAAAUGCCGCUCAAGUGCACGUAUCACUCUCAAGAUGGCUCGAAGAAGCUCAUGUUCAUGUCUUCGUCUUUCUAAUCAAUAUACCAGUACACAGAUACAGCUCAUACCUCCUCAAACUGCACUUGUGCCUCCGUCUUCACCUCACUCUCCUUCUCCUUCUCUGCCAGCUCCUGCGCCUUCUCUUGCGCCUUAGCCUCUCUUCUCAGCUGCUUCUUACUUUUCCCCUUCGGCUGCUGCGCUGAAUCUGCCACAUUCUGACUCGGCCACUUCUCCACACAUUGCCGCUCAUCCUCCUCACUCCACUCACGCGGUAGAACCGCAAACACAAGAUAUGAGGUAUGUGUUUUGAUAUCUGGCUCGGAGCGGUGCACAAGACGGCCCUGGGCGUGUGCCGGGAUACCCUCGUUGAAAUUCGACGGUAUAAAUGUCGGGAGGUCUGUGUCAUCCGAUGUAUUCUGCUGAUUGGCGGCGGCGGAGUUUUCGUUAUCACUCUGUGCGCCGUCGUCUUGGCCGAGGGAUUCUCGGAAUCGGACAGAGCGCUCUUCGACGACACGCAUCUUCUGCACGGCGUCUUCGACGUUCCGCGGGAAGACGUUUGCGCUACGGACACCCUCGUACUCGAGUCCCGUCUUUUCGCGCUUCACUUCGAUGCGCUUAUGUUGGAGCUCGACCAUGCUAAUAUGCAGCCACGAGUGCUGGCGCAGCGCGCUGAUGGUUCGCUGGACUUGUUCCAUGCAUGGCGAGAACGUGCAAAUGUGGACGGCUGUUAACGGGUCGAGUGGGGACUCGGCGCCGGAGGGCGGGUUGCGGACGAGGUGUUUGAGGGCGAGCCAGGGGGCGGGGAGGUCGAGGAAGACGGCGUUAGCCUUGGGGGAGGUGGAGGGUUUGCCUGUUGUAGGGUCAUUGAGGAGGAACCCGUCCUGAUAGACGUCGCGGUGCGUGACUUGGACAAGGGAAUCGAGGCCGUGCUCGAUGAGUUCUUCGCGGACUUUGCCUGCGCGCUGCGCGUGGAAUUCGAAGCUGCAUACUUUGCCGUUGCGGCGCCGCUUUGAUGGUGUUGUGUUGUCUGCUGAUGUCGAGGGGUAUCCGUUGAAGACGGCGCGCGCGGAGGCGUGUGUGAAGGAGCCGCUACCGGCGCCCGCUUCAAUGAUGGUGGAGCCUGGCCGGACGCCGAGACGGUGGAGGAUGUAGCUGUAGUCUGGGGUGUAGACGACCUGCGUCCGAUGGGGUAGAGAGGCGGUCCAAAGUUCGGGGGUCGGGCAGAGGAUGUGGAGGAAGCCACUGGAGGCUGCGACGGCUUUGCUAUGUGUGGGCUUGUUGCUGUCGGCGUCGUCGUCGCCGCCGGGGGUGCCGCUGGCCGACUCCUCGAGCUCAGUUGCUUUGCGCUUCUUCUGCUGGCGCGGGGGCCGGCCUCGGGAGCCUGUGUCUACCUUGGAGGCUUUGAUCUGCGAUCCCCAAGGCUGAUCGAAGAGUGUGCUAUGCGGGAAGGAGCCGAAUCGUGUGUUUGUGACGUUGCCCUCUUUGUAUCCAAGGUUCCCGUCGUCAUGUAGGCGGAGGAUGGCCGGGAUCGUCGAGUCUCGGCGGAGAUGCAGCAGCGCAAGCUGGUCGAGCUGGGAGGAGGAGCUCGGUGUUAGGAAGGGAGAUGCCAUAUUGCGACGGCUAUUGGAGCCCACACUCCAAGAUGCAGUUUCGGCCUGUAUCGAAGCUCCUCUGUCUUGUUGCGAUCAAAUGUCAGGAAGAUCCAGGCCAAAUCUUCCACGCUAAUCCGGUUUCAG